CCAGCAACAACAACAACCACAUCAAGAAAGUCAGCAAAGCAAGCAGCAAGCAUUAAAAUGCCACUUUUUGGUAAAUCACAGAAGACGCCAGCCGAGUUGGUCAAGUCGCUGAAGGAGGCGAUAAACGCACUGGAGGCCGGGGAUCGCAAGGUGGAGAAGGCACAGGAGGAUGUUAGCAAAAAUCUGGUGUCCAUCAAGAAUAUGCUGUAUGGGAGCAGUGAUGCGGAACCGCCAGCGGAUUAUGUUGUUGCCCAGCUGUCGCAGGAGCUGUAUAACAGUAAUUUGCUGUUGCUACUCAUACAGAAUCUGCAUCGCAUCGAUUUCGAGGGUAAGAAGCAUGUGGCGCUCAUAUUUAAUAAUGUGCUGCGCCGACAGAUUGGCACACGAUCCCCAACAGUGGAAUACAUAUGCACGAAGCCGGAAAUAUUGUUUACACUGAUGGCCGGCUAUGAGGAUGCGCAUCCGGAGAUUGCCCUUAAUUCGGGCACAAUGUUGCGAGAGUGUGCUCGAUAUGAGGCGUUGGCGAAAAUUCAAUUGCAUUCGGAUGAGUUCUUCAAGUUCUUCCGUUAUGUGGAAGUGUCAACGUUUGACAUCGCCUCCGAUGCCUUCUCCACGUUCAAGGAGCUGCUGACACGCCACAAGCUACUGUGUGCCGAAUUCUUGGACGUCAACUACGACAAGUUCUUCUCGCAGCAUUACCAGCGUCUCCUCAACUCUGAGAACUAUGUGACACGGCGCCAGAGUUUAAAGCUGCUCGGCGAACUGUUGCUGGACAGGCAUAAUUUCACCGUGAUGACACGCUAUAUAUCAGAGCCGGAGAACCUGAAGCUGAUGAUGAACAUGCUUAAGGAGCGAUCACGUAACAUUCAAUUCGAGGCGUUUCAUGUCUUCAAAGUUUUUGUCGCGAAUCCGAAUAAACCGAAACCCAUACUGGACAUCCUGCUGCGCAAUCAAACGAAACUGGUCGACUUCCUAACCAGCUUCCAUACGGAUCGAUCCGAGGAUGAGCAGUUCAACGACGAGAAGGCCUAUCUGAUCAAGCAGAUAAGGGAGCUGAAACCGCUGCCCGAGGCUUAGUGGGCAGCCAGGGGACAACGAGCGACAACGAGAAGGAGAACGAAAGCAAGAACGAGAACACGUAGCAGGCCUUUGCUGCUCUAUGGCAGGAUGAUUAUGAUGAUGACGAUAGCAGGACGACGACGACGAGGACGAAGACGGACAAAGGAUAUGCAUACAGAGUGUGUUGAGCAAUCGCAAUUGCAAUUGCAAUUGCAAUACACAUUACACAUAAUAUUUAGUAGGGACACAAGACGAAAACUAAAACUAAAACGACGACGACGAUGACGAUGAUGAUGACGAUGACGACAGCACUUGUGAGUAACUCUAAACAAUAAUUUAGACAAAGCAAACAACAAAAACAAAAAAGCGAAAAACAAAAACAAAAAUGGAUAAC